GUGGAGGGUUGCGACACAUUUAUAAAUAACGCGAUCUAACCCAAAAGCUUUAUUAUGAAUAAUAUUGGUCGUGAAAGCCUACGUGUUAAACUGUUAUGAUCAACUUUUUUUCGAUAAACCAUACAUAUUUAAGUUUUAUUCAGCGAACUUGUUUUAGAUAAAAGUAUGCACAGAAAGAUUAAUUGCAUGAGUUUUCUAAAAAGUGUGUAUAUCGGUGAUUCAUUGUAGCAACGUGAAUUACGAAUGUUUCUGUUUCAAUCGCAAUGGGAACAGGCAAUAAGUUGGAGUGCUUUAUGAUAGAUUUACUCCACGGUACUUCCAACUGCCCACUUACGUGUGCCCUCCACCAUUCCCUAAGCGUGCAUUCCCUAAGCGUGCGUCAUCUUCCCUCAUGCCAUCCUUCCCUCCGGCGGCCCUUGGCCCGAAUCAUCCCCCAAACCCCCCAGAUCACGUGAAUAUUUAGGAUGCGAUCAUCUCCCAACUCUCCCUGGCACGCGCUAACCAGCUGAUGGCAGCGUACAGCGUAACGGAGUCCUGUUACGUUUUGCAGCGGAAUAUGACGUCGCCUUUUUGUGGAUGAUAAUUUCUUUGUCUUAUGAAACAUGUUUCUUUUCUAACAGUUUUUUAUUGCCAAUCUUGUCCAAAAACAACAGAGAUCUGGGCACUGGGGCAAUUUCUGGUGAGCCGUGUGGUAAGUUCCGCAUCUUGAUUUCAGAGGUUUUGUUAGUUUUAUUGAAAUUACGUGAAGUGUCGACAGACAGAGGACAUGUGGACAUCGCAUUUCCUUGCAUACUGAGAAGUCGCCUGAUGGCUGUGUGAACAACCCUGUUAUUUUCAUUACCACCAUCAACCGUGGUCUAUCCACUGAUGGACAAAUGCUUCCCCACGCAUCUGCCGUGCCUCACGGUGUCAUUGCAACUGUGAGCUUGGCUGAGCUACUAAGGUGGUGUUUAAAGGUUUUAUGUGAUAAUUAAUAUCACCCCAUUCAAGGGGGUUACAAAACAUCGUACAAAAAAUGUAAAAGGUAAAAUUAGUUUCAUUGCGGAAUGACAUGCACUUAAGGGAAAGCAAUGAGGAAGCAGGGAGUAUUGCAUCCCUUCCUAAACACUUGAUAGGGGAAGGAAUGAGGGGAAUGUGGAGUGGCGACCUCAGCCUAGGGGCACCUGCCAAAGAGAUUGAUCAAGGGACUAUCAGUGACUUUGUCUAACCCUGAAUUGAACCCAAGAAAAAUAACCCCUGAUAGCAAAAGGUAGGCCUUAAUUUCAUAAACAGGUCCCAUGCCAUGCAUUAACAACAGGUUGACACACCUGUAAAUGCAUAUUUGCAGAAAAAACAACAGUGAUAACCACAUCUGCGUCAUUUCUGCAAAACCACAAAUAUAGCGCUUCACGUCUUUCCCUGCGCCAACCAGCGCUCUCGCCUUGAAUUUCAUGUCAUUCAUACAGGAAAAUCCCAACCAGCGGUUUUGGAUUUAGCUGCACCAGGUCUACUAAACAAAAUUCUCAAAUGUUUCAUGCAAUUUGGAAAAAUAACCAAAAAAGAAUUACGUACUACAGUAGAUCAUCGAUUUUUACAGCGGCUUUGGGGGAAAAGUGGACGCCGGAUUUUUAAAAACGCCGGAUAAUCGCAUCAUUAUUUUAAAUAGCUUAUUAUUGCACAUCCGUGUAUAACGUGUUUUAGGUGUUGUGUAUGUUUUUUUUGAGUUUUAAAUUUGGUUACUAUAUAAAAUUGGCAUAAACAUAAAUAGACGAAUAAAUAUCCUACUGUAAAAAGUUACUGUACUGUAUUUGCCACUCCAAUCUCGACUGAAUGGCGUGAUGUAAUGUACUGCGCUCUUGUUUCAACAACGUGUGUUUGACGAUCGCCGGAUUGAUGCAGCCUUCAGACCGGUACGCCGAAUUACACGUACUUUUCGCUGGAUCGCACUGUGUUUUUUCUGUUUUACUGUAGUUAUUAGUCAUGAAAAAAUGUAGAAACACGCAGUAUGUUCAUUACUAUUUGGUUCUUUCGGUAAAGUCACGUAGGUAUAAAAUAAAUCACGACAUUUCGGGUGCAACACAAGCGUCCAUCAUCAGUUAUGCUAAAAUCUUCCUGCCUGCAAGGGACUUUUUUAAAUCUUCAUUGAGUGGCUCCUGUAAGCCGACGAAACCUUGAAAAUCCAUGGCAUGUUUUGCAUUAACUCUGUUAAACUCAACCUUCCGGUAACGAGGGGGGGGGGGGGGCGGGUACGAUGAUCCGUAAAGGUGAUCCAGUGUGAACCAAACUUUAAUAUAGCUUUAUGUUGCUGCUAGGGACUUACCCUUUUUAAAACCGGUCAAAUCUAUCAAAAAGGGUUUCCCAAAACAUGCAGACACAAACCACUGCCAAAAGGUUUCACCUCACCGUUCCGGCCCUGCUGGCUGAGGCGCGCCCACCCCGGCAGAGCUGCUAUCCGAGCCCCGUGUCUCAUCGUGGUCCACGGACGUACUGCUUCCUGCGUGGUUGGUAUGCAAUGGGUGAGCAGGGUAAUGCUGCACAGAUUGCAUCUCAACGCUGGUUCGGAGUAAGGCACGUGGAGCCUCGGUCUUCUAUAGCCAAGCAGCGAGAUGCCCCAAAGCCAUGCAGUUCUGAAGACCCAAAGGCCCUGAUGCACGAUCGAAUUCAGGCACCGGUAGUUGGCGAUGCGUCGUGGGGUUGUGGGAAUCCUCUCCAAACUGUGACCCUUUCCCGACCGCCCGUGAACGGAGUGGAAGAGAAAGGCGUGUCGUUGGCAGGACGACCGUGCCCUUCAGCAGGUGGAGCGACCGUACUGCUGCCAGUGAGUGGAAAUGACGACCUGGGGAACAGAGCUCGCUCCUUCAAACAGCAGCGCUUGCUCUGCGUCCCUUCACUAAAUAUAAACACAAAACUGUGCUUGGGCUGCGCUAGUGACAAGGUGGUCACUCAGCACCCGCUCUUCCCUGGCAGCCUGUGUCUCAGCUGCAAGGUGAAUUACGUCAUCUCCGUGUACCUGUUUGACGAUGGAUAUCACUCGUACUGCGCCAUCUGUGGCCGAGGGGUGGAGAUCCUGCUGUGUGAGAGCGCCAACUGCUGGAGGGUGUUCUGCACGUGCUGCAUGGACCGGCUCCUGGGCCUAGGGACGGCACGCAGGGCCAAGGCCUUGCAUCUGUGGCAGUGCUACCUGUGCCGGCCGCUAGAGGCCGGCAGCCCGCUGAGCCUCCGCCAUGAUUGGGCCCUCCGCCUCCGAGACCUCAUCGCCGACGAAGGGGCCGUCGGAGAGGAACCUCGCUCGCUCCUCCCACCGCUGGUACCGGCGAAGAAGGCAGCGGUCAGAGUGGUGACGCUCUUCGAUGAUAACAACGCAGCCUGCAACGCUCUGAGAGACUUCAAGGGCUUGAUCGCCCGCCAUGUCCAGUGCCGCCUGAGCAACAACCGCAUGAAGGCGAUGCCCACGAUAGACCACGGCAAAGUUAUUCACACGGACGUGAGCACCAUCACCGGGAAGCACGUCCAGCAGUGGGGACCAUUCACGCUGUUGCUUGGAGGACACUGCCUUCUCGAAGACGACACUGGCGAGACAUUGAAUCGUUUCUUCUACGAGUUCUUCCACCUGGUGCGGAUGACUCGGCCGGGGGAGCACGAGGCGCGUGCCAGGCCCUUCUUCUGGCUGCUCACGGUCCUGGAGGCGGAAUGCUUCUGUGGCCCCAUGAAUAACCAAGAGAUAUCACGCUUCUUGGCAAUGCCACCCGUGGAGAUUUUCUCCUCGCACAGGCAGGUGACCUGCUACAUGUGGGGAAACUUGCCCUGCCUGGACAGGAUUUGUAACUUCUACGGAGACCUGGAGCUGGAGCCACAAGAGUCCUGGCAGGAGGAUCUGGAAAACAGCUGGCACCUGGCAUACGAACCCUUGCGCCGGGCGCUUGCCCCCCUACAUGAUUAUUUUCGCUUUGAGUAGCCGGCAUUUGCGUGAAGCGGCGAACGGACAUUCUGCAGCCAGGACAAAGAAUGCUUGCGCAUCGGUGCGCCAAGAAAUUAAAAUGACAGUGUGGUCUCCGUUGGAUAUAUCCUCGUCUGUUUACAUAGUCACCAUGUUUGUUCAAUAUUGCACGUUUUUGUAUCUGAAUGUUUGUUAUUUUUACCAUGAUCAGUAUAAAAAAUAAUCUGCUCCAGCCACCUUGUGUUGCAGGGAAUUUUACAUCUACCUUUGAUUUAACAUUGAUAUGUUUGUGCAAUGUUUUUGAUUGCUCAUGUGGUACAGUUUUUAGUUUAAUUUCUCUUUGCUUCAACUGUAUUUUGUAUGGUAUUGGUGACCCAGGUCACCCUUGCAAAUGAAAUUAUCCUGGUAUCUGGAGUUCUCACCUGGUUAAACAGAAUAAACUUGAAACUUGAACUUGAAA